CCGUCGAAAGAGCGAUGGUUCGAGUUACGUUCUGUUUCGCAGUCUUUGCUGUGCUCUCGAGCAACUGAAAGUGAGGAACUGAUGCUCUGCAGUUCCAACAACACAUUUGAGUUGAUUCUCUCUGACAACACCAAUCGCCCUUGUGAUUCAGAAAUUAUGAUAUGUGGAAUUAAGACUUGUAUUGGUGAAAACAAAGGCUUGUCAGAAGAGAUUCACCAUAGUUCACAGCCAUCAAUUACUGGCACUAGUAUGAAGGAUGUAUCUGAUGAAGACGAAAACUGCAAUUGUAACACAAAUAACACCCACUUUUUUGUUGAACAAGAGAUGAUGAAAGAGGCAAAGCACCACUUCAUGAAAUGCAGGGUGCGACAAGAUUCCAAAAAUGGCUGUAAAGGUGUAUCAUGUGAUUGGAAACUUAUCAACAUUACAGAAACUUCAGAGGAAAAUGAGGGCGGUCUGGAUGUAACUGACUGUAUGUGCAGGAAUACCUGUUUGGCUCUCUGUCAGCUAAAGCCUUUUGUACGAUGGGAAGAUUCAAAUAUUGAUGUGUUGACAGCAAUAGGAAUAAUGGCCUUUGUAUCUGUCACAUCGCUAGUUGUCUGCUAUAUCUUUGAUCGCUGUAUAAGAAGAGAGAAAACACAUCCUUAUGUAGAAGCCAGAGAGAUGCAAACAGUAUCCCCUCAGAUGACUGGACAACAACCUUCAACGUCUGCAGAACGUAAAGAUAACAAUCAAGGCAACAUAACAUCAGUCAGUGAAAAUAGACCAGCUGAUGAAGGAGCUGAAACUGUAGAGUGUAAUGUAAUUCUUCAUAAUGCUCCCAAAGAAAGUGAUACAGAUGUUUCCCUUUUAGAAGAAAUAUAA